AUGCAGACAAGCAGUGACUUCAAACGUCACUGUGACCGCUGGCCUCACUUUGUUUCGACUUCACCAGGACCUGAAGAAGAGGCAGAAAAACCUGUGAAAACUAAGACUGUUUCUUCCAGUAAUGGAGGGGAAAGUUCGAGUCGCAGUGCAGAGAAACGAGCAGCUAAUGAAGAAGCUGAAGACUUCACCACAAAGCCUGCUCCUGCCAAAAUGUCCAAGUUUGGAUUUUCCAUAGGCAGUCAGACAACCAAGAAGGCCUCUGCAAUAUCCAUCAAACUAGGAGCAAAUAAACCUAAAGAGCCUGUUCCAACCCUCGCUCCAAAAACCCUUUCCGUAGCAGCAGCUUUCAAUGAAGAUGAAGAUAGUGAACCAGAAGAAAUGCCCCCAGAAGCCAAGAUGCGCAUGAAGAACAUUGGGAGGGAUACACCAACCUCAGCAGGACCAAAUUCCUUCAAUAAAGGAAAGCAUGGGUUUUCUGACAACCAGAAGCUAUGGGAACGGAAUAUAAAAUCUCAUCUUGGAAAUGUCCAUGACCACGAAAAUAACUAAAUGAUGUGGAUUGAGACCUGGGUGUCUGGGGGGAGGGGAGGGUGUAACAUUAAAGGAACAGUUUCCUUUUUUAAGAAUGGUAUAAGCCUUUGGAGCCGCUUUUUUAAGAUUUGCGUGGUACAGUAAUAACUGAGUUUGAAAUUAGAGGUAAUUUAUGUUUUGUAUACAGAUUUCAAGGCAUUUGCUAAUUUUGUAGUUCCAUGUGAUUAGUUUCAAAAGGUUACAGAUAAUAAAGAAAUUGGAGUGGUACCUUUUCAA